AUAAAGAGGAAACAUUUUUUCCUGCCACACCGCUUCGUUCUAUAAUUUUCUCUCAAUCAUUCUCAUUACUGCCCUAACCUGUCCUGCUGCGAUUUUUAUGGGCUUUUCUCCUUCUUUCUAAGCCGGUUGUAUCCGACUGAGUUGUAUUAUUAGUAGCUUUUUUCUUUUUUUUGUAGUUCUUUUUACGAAUCCACCCCCGGCGACGAAGUAAAAAACAAGCAAACAAAAAACAAAAAGAAAAAAAAAAAACGGACACUCACUGUCAACGUAUGUUUGUGUAUACGAGGAACAGAUAGGAAGUACCUAUGAUGUAUAUAUAUAAACCUACUACAUACGUUAUAACUAUGUUACGUAUAACGAAGCCUUAUGUAUUUAAUUGAACAUCUGUUAUUAUUUUUAAUAAUUAAACACUAGAAACACUCCCUCUUCUCGCCCCCCCCCCAUAUCUCCUGUCUACACACAAUCUAUUAUAUAUUUAUCUGUCAUUAUAACCAAUUCCAUGGAACCCUCUAAUAUUAUCACUCGGUUACGGCAAUUUGACGCCUAUCCGAAAACCUUGGAAGAUUUCCGAGUGAAGACUUUUGGUGGAGCAAUUGUUACGUUGAUCAGCUCCAUGUUGAUGUUUGUCCUGUUUAUAUCAGAACUCAACUAUUAUCUUACCAAAGAAGUACAUCCAGAACUGAUAGGAGGGAAGAAAAUCAACGUAACAGAGAACCCUGAAAAAGCUCUGUUAGAUCCAAACCGCUGUGAAAGUUGCUACGGUGCUGAAACUACAUCUGACAGAUGUAUGGCAAAGAUGGAUGGAGUGUGGGGAAAUGUUUAUAUUAUUUAUGUUGAUUCUUUUGUUUUUCAGGUUGCUGGAAAUUUCCAUUUUGCUCCUGGGAAAAGUUUUAAUCAGCACCAUGUACAUGUCCAUGAUUUGCAAUCUCUGGGUGGACAAAAGUUUAACAUGUCGCACAAAGUGAAGACAUUAUCCUUUGGGAAACCUUAUCCAGGAAUUAUGAAUCCGUUGGAUGGUGUACAUGUAAUGGCAGACAAAGAACAAAUGAUGUUUCAGUAUUUUGUGAAGAUCGUACCAACAAUGUAUGUAAAAAUUGAUGGAAGUAUUGUGCAUAGCAACCAGUUCUCAGUGACCCGACAUUCCAAAGUGGUCUCUUCAGGUUUCGGUGACUCUGGUCUACCAGGAAUGUUCAUUAUGUAUGAACUCUCUCCAAUGAUGGUCAGUUAUACAGAGAAACAGAGAUCUUUCAUGCAUUUUCUCACAGGUGUCUGUGCAAUUAUAGGUGGGAUAUUUACAGUGGCGGGACUCAUCGAUUCCAUGAUUUACCAUUCAUCGAGAGCAAUUCAGAAAAAGAUAGAACUUGGAAAAACUUCAUGACACGUGACUCAAUAAAUUCCUCUUCCGAGAGAAAAAAAAAAAAAAAAGACAAAAUUCAGAAAAACUCAUCUCCUUUUGUUGUCUUUUUCUUUAAUGUUUUGUUGCCCCUCCCCUCUAUUUUGUCUGUCUCUCUCUUCCCUUUACUCUUGCUCACUGCCUCUCUUGAUUACUCAGUCUCUUCCCCCUCUCUGUCACUCGCUUGCUGUCUCACUUCCUCCCCCUCCCCCCUCCCUGUCUCACUUGCUCAUUGUCUGUCUGUUUGUCCGGACUCUUUGUCAGUUGAUAAUUAAAAUAAAAAGUUGUUGCUGUUAUUGCUUAAA